AUGGUUCCCUCGGGCCAUUCUAAAAUUGCUUGUCGUGGUCGCAAGUCCUCUUGGGUCGUGGUCCUGACUGAGGAGCGCUCUAGAUGCGGCGUCUGCUGGGAUCAAGGAAAAUAUGUUGUUCAAAUGAUCGGUUCACAUAGCGCAGGAUGUGGUUCACAUUCUCGCCCAGUUGAAAACAUAGCUCUCGUAUCGGCCCUGAGUUAGUGACGCAAGCGUGCGAUCCGAACAAGAC